AUGCCCGUUAGUCAGUCGCCGCCUGCCGUCCGUGCCGCGCCGCCGGCCGGGCCACCCCGCGCUGUGCCGGCCGCCAGCCCCCGACCGCCGGCCAAGAGAGGGCGGCCGCCAAAACUGAAGCGCUGCUCCGGAGACGGGACGGCAGCGCCGACCGCCGCGCCCGGCCUCAGGCCGGUGCCGCCCGCCGCGCCGCCGCUCCACCGUAAGCCCAACCUGAUCGUCAGCCCCGCUAAAGCGUCUCCGGUGCCGACGCUCGGCUGGCCGGUCGCUGCCCCGGCUCCGCCGUCGCCGCCAUCGUCACCGCCUUCCCCACCUUCCCCACCUUCCCCGCCACCGCUACCGGCGCCGCCGACGACCACCAAGCGACAUUCGCCGUCGCCGUCGCCGGCCGCCAAGCGGCCGCGUCCUGCCACCAUCGGCGGUCACGUGGUGCUCAUGACAGACGCCAUGCAGCGGCGGGCCGGCCGCGCGCCGCGGGCCGACAUGCCGCCCUCGGACACCGACGACCCGGAGUUCACCGGCUUCGCGGCCGGCGCGCUGCGGAGGCGGCGCCGCGCGGGCGACUGUUUCUCGGUGCUGAAGAAGCGCAAGCCAACGCGGCCGGCCGGCCAGACAGCGCCGCGGCCGCGGCCGCAGAAGCCUCUGCUGGUGGAGGCGCCGCCGGCCGAGCCGCGCCCCGCGGAGGAGUCGGAGCGCGAUCCCACCGAGGGAGAACACGAGGAUGAGGAGGAGGACGAAGAGGAGGAGGAAGAGGAGGAGGACGGCUCGGACGAGGGAGAGUACCAGAAGGAGAACGGCAAGCCGGUGAUCAUGGUGCUGCCGCCGGUGGUGCAGACGUUCGAGGGCGCGCAGCAGACGCGCACGCUCGACCUCGACACGCGCUGGGGCACCGUCAAGGUCAACGUGGUGCCCAAGAUCCGCGAGAAGGACGGCAGCCUGCGCGAGCUGGCCAAGACCACGCGCAAGCGGGCGGGCCUGGCGGACGCGCGCGACCUGCUGCAGCCGCUGCGCGUGCACUGCGCCGUCAAGUAUGUGCGCCGGCUGCCGCCGUUCUUGCCGGCGCCGGCGCCGACGCCGACCGAGCGGCGCCGCCCCGCCGAGCCGAGCGGCGCCGGCCGACCGGACCAGCCGGGCCGCGAGCGGGCGGCCACCAACGGCCAGCUGGACGGACGGAGGAGCGACGCAAGGGCUGCUCAGCACCCCUCUCUUGGGCGACGGACCGGUCAGGGCCGGCAGGAGCUGACUAUCCUGGAGCGGCUGAUGCUGGAGCAGACGGAGUCGGCCGCCGCCGCCGCCGCCGGGCCGCCCUCCAUCUUCGACCCGGACACGCCGGCCGACCGCGCCCUGCCGCGCUUCGUGUCGCUAGAGGACGACCUGCAGGCCUCCAGUUCAGACUCAGACUCAGACUCAGAUUCAAACUCAGACUCAGACUCAGAACAGGAGCCGAAGCGUUCGCCCGACUCGAAAGCAGCAUCGCAACCAGACCCGGUGCCGGAGGUGGGGCCGACGCCGGAGCCAGAGCCGAUGCCGGAGAUGGAGUCUGCGCCGGAGCCAGAGCCAGUGCCGGAGAUGGAGUCUGCGCCAGACCAAGAGCCGGCGCCGGAGAUGGAGUCUGCGUCGAAGCCAGAGCCAGUGCCGGAGAUGGAGUCUGCGCCGAAGCCAGAGCCGGUGCCGGAGAUGGUGUCUGCGCCGGAGCCAGAGCCGGUGCCGGAGAUGGUGUCUGCGCCGGAGCCAGAGCCGGUGCCGGAAAUGGAGUCUGCGCCAGAGCAAGAGCCGGUGCCGGAGAUGGAGUCUGCUCCGGAACCAGAGGUGGUGCCGCAAAAAGAGUCUGCGCCGGAACCAGAGCUGGUGCCAGAAAGAAAGACUGCGCCGGAGCAAGAGCCAGCGCCGGAACUGAAGGCGGAGUCAAAGAAGGAGUCUGAUCCGCCCACCGAGCGAGAGCCGCCGCCGGAGCGGGAGCCGCCGCCGGAGCGGGAGCCGCCGCCGGAGCAGGAGCCGCCGCCGCCGCCGCAGCGCACUGACCUGGAUCUGCUGGCGCAUAUCUGCGAGAGCGAGAGCAAACAAGCGGCCGCUCAGCAGGUCACGACCAAAGGCGGUGGCGAUGCGCAGUCACCGCCAUCUAACGGCCGCCCGGAGAGGGACGAGUUCACGUCGAGCGCCGAUGAUGGCAGUGUGGCAUCGGCGACGGAGGUCCCUGCCGAGUCGGUGGAGGGCGUGGACAGCUCGGGCCGCGUGCGGAUCGUGCUGGCGGACGGCACGGCCGUCAUCGCCGACCUCGGCGACCUGGACAUGCUGGAUGACCCAGUGAUGGCCGAGGGACUGGAGGCGGAGACCAGCGCCGAGCAGUAGCCGCGCGCGGGCCCAGCGCUGCCGGGGGCUCCAGUACGGCGCUGGCGCUGGACGCGGACUCCAAGACGGCGUUGGUGUUGGACGCGGGCCCAGCGCUGCCGCGUAUCUCCAGGACGGCGCUGGUGCUGGACGCGGACUCCAAGACGGCGCUGGUGCUGGACACGGACCCAGCGCUGCCGCGUAUCUCCAGGACGGCGGUGGUGCUGGACGCGGACUCAGCGCUGCCGCGUACCUCCAGGACGACGCUGGUGCUGGACGCCCGUCCCGUACAGCGGCGAUGCCGCCCACUCGUCGUCAGCGUGGCGUGGGCUGUUCACGAGUGCGCGUACGGCACGACUUCCUGUGUGGCCAACGUGAAGCAUGGUCAGGUUUUUGGCGUGUCGACGCGGCGGGCGCCUCUGGUACCGGGAGCGCUACCUCGCGUCGCCCUGUUAUAUCAGCCUGUUGGGAGGAGCGGGUCGUCAGCUACGCUCGGACUGGAGCCGGCUGGCGACGCGUCGCCAGCGGCUCUCGCGGUAGCGAGCCGGGGCCCACAGCUGCGGACUGGCGGACCACACGCCGCGGGGAGGUGAUGACUCCA